UCCGGCUCUUUUCCCCGCCUCCUAACCCUGAGGUGUUGGACCUCGGGUGCCAGCGGCUUGCUUCUCCGGUUCCGCCCAGCUGUUGCAGAAUCUAAUUCAAAGCCUCGGGAAAGCGCGUCGGCCGGAUUUGAGGAGAGGGGGCGGGGAGGGUCCAGCGGCUUGCGGCCCCGCCCCCUUCUCCGGCUUACAGGCGGACGAUUCCGCCCGCCUCCUCCUUCAGCUGGCCCUGGGGCUGCGUCCCCCAGGCAACUCGGCAGCCGCGGCCUGAGCUUCUGCCUGCAGGUGUUGGCGCUGAGGCUCCCGGGCACAGCCUGCUUCGGCUCCAUGGUCGGUUUCGGGGCCAACCGGCGGGCGGGCCGCCUGCCCUCCUUCGUGUUGGUGGUCCUGCUGGUCGUGAUCGCUGUCCUCGCCUUCAACUACUGGAGCAUCUCCUCCCGCCACGUCCUGCUUCAGGAGGAAGUGGCCGAGCUGCAGGGCCAGGUCCAGCGCACAGAGGUAGCCCGCGGGCGCCUGGAGAAGCGCAAUUCGGACCUCCUGCUCUUGGUGGACUCGCACAAGAAACAGAUUGACCAGAAAGAGGCCGACUACGGCCGCCUCAGCAGCCGGCUGCAGGCCAGGGAGGGCCUCGGGAAAAGAUGCGAGGAUGACAAGGUUAAACUACAGAACAACAUAUCAUAUCAGAUGGCUGACAUACGUCAUUUAAAAGAGCAACUUGCUGAGCUUCGCCAGGAGUUUCUUCGACAGGAAGACCAGCUUCAGGACUAUAGGAAAAACAAUACUUACCUUGUGAAGAGAUUAGAAUAUGAGAGUUUUCAGUGUGGACAACAGAUCAAGGAAUUAAGAGCUCAGCAUGAAGAAAAUAUUAAAAAAUUAGCAGACCAGUUUUUGCAGGAACAAAAGCAAGAGACCCACAAGUUUGAAUCAAAAAAUAGAAAUGAAUUGGAUAUAAACAAUCAUGCAGUGCCUAGAAACAUCCCAAAAGUAGAGGAGAAUGCUGCAGACAAGAAUAAAGAACCCUCAAGCAAUCACAAUCCACAUGGGAAAGAACAAAUCAAAGGAGGUGGUGAUGCAGGAAUGCCUGAAAUAGAAGAAAAUGAUGUUGCAAAAGCUGAAGAUCUGCCCACUGGUUUAAAGAAACCCCCUCUUUCCUUUUCUCAAUAUGAAAGUCAUCAAACAAUAUCCCAUCUUCCAACUGGACAGCCUCUGUCCCCAAAUAUAGUUCAAGAUUCUCAUGUCAACCACAAUGGAAACCCCAGAACUUCAAAACAGAACCCUUCCAAUCCUCUUCAGCGUAUAAUUCCAGGCCCUAACUUGGAGAAUGAACCCAGAAUUCAAGCAGAUAUUCUAAAACAGGCUACCAAGGACAGAGCCGGUGAUUUCCAUAAAUUGAAGCAAAGCCGAUUCUUUGAUGAGAAUGAAUCCCCUGUUGAUCCGCAGCAUGGCUCUAAACUGGCGGAUUAUAAUGGGGAUGAUGGUAACGUAGGUGAGUAUGAGGCAGACAAGCAGGCUGAGCUGGCUUACAAUGAGGAAGAAGAUGGUGAUGGUGGAGAGGAAGACGUCCAAGAUGAUGAAGAACGUGAACUUCAAAUGGAUCCUGCAGACUAUGGAAAGCAACGUUUCAAUGAUGUCCUUUAAACCGUAAAGGAAAACUUCAAAAACCUAAAGUGCUGUAAAAUGGAAUCAUUUCUACUUUGUCAAUUUUGAGUUUUGUUGUAAAGAUCAGUUGUAUCAGCUGUAAAGAUACAUUGAGAUAGAUUUAAGGAAAAAUUUUAAUGAAGAAAUGUACCCAUGUACAUAUGUGAACUUUUCAUAUUGUAUUAUUAAAGCAGAGACUUCUGCUGUUAUGUUACAGUUGAGCCAAAAACAAAGAAAGCAAAACUGUAAUCUUUGUAUUUAAAGCAAACUAAUGUAUAUUUUACAUUUUGUUGAGCCCAAUUCUUUCCACAGGUAGACAAACAGGAAAAAUGGUUGUACAGUUUAUAUGUUGCACAUAGCAUAACCAUAAUGAGAACAGUUAUUAAGCUGAAAAACUUUUUAUGCAGUAAUAUAGUCUUAUUAGUCCAACAGGUGUUCUGUUUAAUGUACCCUUCAUCUCAUGCUCUUCAGGGAAUUAUACCUAGAAUAGUGACAUAAAAAAGAGGGGAACCGGGAAGCCAAACACUGGGCAGCAGUGUACAAAAUCACUUCCCUACUCCUUUUAUUUUACAUGAGUACUGAUGUGUUUUGGCAGAUAAGCUUUCAGCUGAGGCCUGAUGGAAGUUGAGAUAAUCUGCAAAGACAUAACAAUAUUUAUGAUUUAUACCGUGCUUAGUUCAUGAAAUUUGAAAUGCAUGAUUGACAAUAUAUUUUCAGUUUUUAUUUUUUCACAUAAUACCAGUACUGUUUAGUUAUAACUAGUACUGGCUAAAUUUUUUAUAUUUUCAGAGUUAAAGCUGGUGAAGAUAUUAAUGAUUUAAAUGCCAGAUUCUGAAAGAGGCUAAAUCAACCUUGAAAUGAAUUUUUAAUCAGUAUUUCAAAGCUUCUCUGAUAGUUUUAGUGACCUUAUUUGACUAGACUUUUUCAGAAGUAUUAAAUAAGGAAUUUUAACAGGUUUUUAUUAAUGCACAGAUAAAUAGAAGUACAGUGAGGUCUACAGCCAUUUUAUUAAAAUAGUUUAAAAGUUUGUAAUAAAGACAAAGAAUCUUUGUAUUUACUUAAUAUGUUAGCUGAGAACCCAUAAAACUCAUAUUUGCUAGACUUACAAAAUUAUUUUAAAUGCAUUUGUCUUUUUUGACACUCUUCAGUAGAAUGUGUAAGCUAGCUAAUCCUUGUUUUCUGAUUGAAAGCACUUUUAAAUCUUACCCUCUUUCCCCCAAAUAAAAGGUUUUGAUCAUGAUAAA